AAGAUUGACGGUAGGACCUGCUGACGAACGACCAAAGUCAGUCACCAAAAUACAAAACACCAAGAAAAAGUGAAUCUCAGACUUCGUCGGAAAUGAGCGAAGAAGGACUUCCCAAGCUCUACGCCAACAAACCCACGAAAGCUUUUUUUCCAUCUCCAAGCAGCUCAGAUCAAACAAUUUCAAGAACGGCACAAAGCCGGAGACGCUUCUUCUUCAGCAUCAUCUAACAUGGCAUCUGCGUCUUCUUCUCCUCCACCGCCGCAGCCUCCGAAGGAAUCGUUUGCAAGACGAUAUAAGUUCUUAUGGCCCAUGCUUUUGACUGUCAACCUUGCUGUUGGAGCUUAUGUGUUUAUGAGGACAAAGAAGCAAGAUGAACAUGUAGCAGAAGAAGAGGCUGCCCCGGAUUCAGCUAAAACCACUAAGAUUGCUGCUCCUGUUGUUGAGGAAUCAUUGGCCAGACCAGUCGUUGUGGAGCCUGUGAAGGUAAGAGAACCGAUUCCGGUGGACCAGCAGCGUGAACUUUUCAAGUGGAUUUUGGAAGAGAAGCGCAAGAUAAAGCCAAAGGAUCGUGAAGAGAAGAAACGCAUCGAUGAAGAAAAAGCAAUUCUCAAAGAGUUCAUCCGGGCAAAAUCUAUUCCUAGUAUUUAAAAACUUUACAAAUGUUGCACGCAAAAACAUACUGAUUAUUUUAACAUUGCUGGUGGAAUCUGAAUGUUGUCAUUUGUAUGGUUCUAGAACGGUGUUUACGUUUCAAAUACUCAAAUCCUCUCUACCCACACACAGCAUGCCAGUCAACAGGAUGAGCACGAGAAAAACAGCUGUGAAAUUCAUUUUGCCAACAGAACAUAAAUUUCACUGUUGAGGAAAAAAUAUAGCCAGGCUUUUUUGGUGUUUGUUUGUCUUUAGGUUGUAUGAGGAGAAACAUCCAUUUUAUUAGAACUCAACUUGAGAAAAAAUCCAAAGGAACAAA